AUGCUGAGCAUGAGCAAGGAAUACAAAGUGACCAUUGAGGCUGAAAAGGAAGGAGACCCGAUAAAAUGCAGUACAAAAGUUAAAAGGCACUUCUAUAACUUUUUUUCUUAUUGCCCCAUAGGGAUAGAAGCCAGUACAGAUCAUCAAGUAUGGUAUCUGAGAACUGCAAAGCUAGCUCUGGCCUUGGCGAUUAUCCGCUCAAAACCAGCAGACAAGAGCAGCAGAGAAUACACAGAGCACCUUGCGAGGGUAGUGUCUGGGCAGGAGUCGGAGUGGAGAGCUAAAGUUGAAAGCUUGGAAGCUGAAGUUCUGCAGUUGCGUCAAAAACUUCUUCUGAGCAAGAUUUGUUCUGGAUUGUUUAAGAGUGGAGACUCACCCUCCCAGCUGCAGGCUCAGGAGCCUGGAAGUUCUGAAAAUACAUUGACUGGGCUGGAAGAUUCUGGGUGUGAUUUAUCAAAUGAGCAGAGAACUGAACCUUCAGAGGUGUCUCAAGAUUUUGUGGAGAGCUGCACCCCAACACUCUUUCCACCACUGCCAAUUGCAAAGAAAAAAGAUGCGACUUCAAAAAAUCCUUUGUCUUCUCACAUGCAGUUUUUGCAACAUCUACUUGAACUGAAGAACUGGACAGAAUCAGGGAGUCUUAAAACAGACUUGAGCCACUUUGAGAACACCUCUUCCACCGUAUCUGAUUCUGUUUUUCAGUUGCUAGAAGGCCUGAUAACUUUUUACCGUGACCCAAAAUUUCCUUUUCCAAUCUUUUGGACAGAAGCUGUUGCUACCUUAGCUAGACUGCUCAGCGAUUGUAACUUAUCUAGUCAUAUUCUUGAAACAUGUUCCAAGAAGUUGGAAGAAUUUGAGAAAAUUCUACUGCACAUUAUUUUAAGGAACAACCGUAUAAACCGGUUUCAGGUACAGCAUGGUGUGUCUCAGACUCUGGUAACCCUGGGAAGUUGCAGCUUGUUGAGAAAAUCUAUAAUAUCUCUGCUUCUAUCAGAAGUAAAUAGUUUCGUUGAUGAUCUGGAUACCAUCAAUCAGGUACAAGCCAGUUAUGAUGUCUCAGGCUAUGAAAAUAUUUUCUCCCUCUUUUGGGUUCUGGAGCAGCUUCUUCAAAAGGAAAAGGAAGAAGGCAAUACUUUGAGUUUGGGGCAAGAUGAUCAAGAAAUCAAGAAGUUUCUUCAGAAGCAUGAUGAAGCUGUUUUGCAACUCUCUGAUACAUUUCCUUUAUUUACUUUUUAUUUAUGGAGACUGGGCAUUCUCUUGAACUCCAUAGAAAUAAAAACUGUUGAAAAUAACUCACUUCCUUAGUAAUUUAUCAAAUAUCAGAAACAUACAAAAGCUGUAUAUAUGAAGGUCUUAUACUUAAAAGAUUUUCAAGAAUAUUUUUAAAUGAGCAUUUUAAAUGAUCUUUAAAUAUAAUGAUUAAAUUUAAGAGUCUUAAUAUGUGAUAAUUUAUUAUGAAUCAUAUUUCUUUCCUAUAAUCAGUCAAUAUCAGCUAUUCCCAUGUAACUUUAUAAUGUUAUUCAAUAUUGGUCUCUUAGUCUCUAAAAUGGGUUAUUAAUUGCGCAUGUCAUAAAACGUAUUUACUUUUAAAAUAUUUCCAUGUAAUAGAUAUUAAAAAGCAAUGGAAGAGAUCUUAAAAGUUUUAUUGCUUUAUCAACCCAGCAUUUCAAAUAAGUGGUUAUAAAUUAGAUUUUUAAAACAUUUUUCUUACACAGUUUCACUUAUAUCUUUGUCUCUCUUAGAAGGGACUCCUGCAGGAGGGAAGUUGAACAUUUGUAAGAGUAACUGCCUUUAAUUUCCUAUAAUCAACAGAUCUGUCAAAUCCUUUUGAAAGUACUCAUUAGUGGCUUAAAUAUUCUAUUUGUUUUUUUCAAAAAAUGCUAGUUUUGAUCCUGUUGAUUGUAUGUAAUAUUCCUGUUAUUGUUAAAAUGUAGUUUAAGUCGUGUAAUAAGACAUUAAGGAAAUUUUCACAAAUUAUGCCAUCUAUCCAAAAAUAUACUUUAUACUUACUAAAAGUAUAUUUAUACUUAUUAAAAGUAUUGGUUAAAUUUUUCAGUUACAUCGUUUUAUUGACUUUA